AUGUCCCAUACUCAGCCUUCGCCUACCGCUGUGGUUGGCCCCCACCACAUGGCGGCCGCGCAUCCCGCCGCGCACCCUCAGGUCAAUGGCCACAUGCCCGCCAUCCCAGCGCAAGCUCAGAAGGGAGUCCCAAUGACCACCGCCCAGAAGAUUGCCACGUUGAAUGAGCAGGUCUGGCUCUCAAUCGGUAAGGAUGCCAUGUUGACAUUUAUCAGAUCGAAAUACUGA